UUACAAUAGAAAGAAAUACUUUGGUUCGUAGCAAAAACAAUGGCAUUGUCCAAGUCUCUUUCUCUUAUCUUUCUUCAACUGUUAUGCGUUCUAUGUGUUUUAAACCUCUCGAAUGGAAAAGGCUUAGAUGUCAAUCUUUACGAAAAGACAUGUCCCUUCUUGGAGUUCAUUGUCAAAGACGUAACAGCAAAAUUCAUUUCUCGAACACCAAGUCUUGCUCCUCCAUUAUUGAGAAUGCAUUUCCACGAUUGUUUUGUUCGGGGAUGUGAUGGUUCGGUCCUAUUAAACUCUACCUCCAAAAAUCAAGCUGAGAAAGCAGCAAUCCCAAAUCAAUUGCUUACAGGGUACCAAGUUAUUGAUGCAGUGAAAUCAGCAGUAGAGAAAAUAUGUCCUGGUGUUGUUUCUUGUGCAGAUAUCGUGGCAUUAGUUGCCCGUGAUGCUGUUACUUUGAUUAAGGGACCAUCAUGGCAAGUCGAGUUAGGCCGAAGAGAUGGAACAGUCUCUAAAGCUUCAGAGGCCUUGAACAAGCUGCCUGCACCUUUCAUGAACAUAACUCAAUUGAAAGCAUCAUUUCAAUCUGUGGGUUUGAGUGUCAAAGACCUUGUAGUUCUAUCAGGAGGGCACACGAUUGGGAUAUCUCAUUGCAUUGGCGUCAACCCACGUUUGUUCAAUUUCACAGGCAAAGGUGACACUGAUCCAAGCUUGGACCCUAAGUACCUUUCUAAGCUAAAGCGACAAUGCAAGCCAGGGGAUGUUACUACAAUUCUUCAGAUGGACCGCACUCCAAAAAAAUUUGAUAUUGAUUAUUAUACUACAGUAAGUCAAAGAAGAGGGCUUUUUCAAUCUGACGCAGCUCUUUUGGAUGACACUGAAACAAAAACCUACGUCCAACAACAUCUAAGCCAUGCUGGAUCCAAGAGCUUCUUUGAUGAUUUUGGGGUUUCAAUGGUGAAUAUGGGUCGCAUUGGAGUUCUUACUGGCAAGAAUGGUGAAAUCAGGAAACAGUGUGCCUUCGUUAACUAAGCAAAUUUUUCUUAGUUCCUCUUUGUUUCAGUACUUCAAGAACUGGAUAUUGAAUUGAUUGUGUAAUCGUAGUGGCCAAUUGGAUUUGUUACGUUUGUGUUGUUAUUAUUCAUUUUAUAUGCAGUCAAAAAUAAUUGAGUUUGUUUCGAUAGAGGUUAUUUGAAAUAAUUAUUGUAACACUUUUUGUGAUGUGAUUUAUGUAAGAUAAAAAG